UCGAAAUGUUGACAUCGUGGCAUCGAAUUGUUGACGACCGUGACGACACCAAGACCAGCUCCUCAACUUUGAGUUGUCUACAAUAUGAGCUAACACGAACCCAUAUAAUCCGGCUAAAACCUUCCGAAACCAAUCAUGGACAUCUCCCCCAUCUUCAACGCCGCGCUCAAGCAGCACUCCACACCACCCAUCUCCCCCAAACCACUCGACCUCUCCCGCAUCGACAAGUUCCUGAAAGAAGCCUACGCCAUUAACGCCCAAAUUUCCAAACUCCACGCCUACCUCCAACAAAUCCGUCCCUCCUACCUCGCCCUCCCCCUCCACCAAACUCACCGCGCUGCCCGCCGCCCCUCCCUUUCCUCCUCCCUCUCCACCCUCUCCUCCUCCACCACCCUCACACCCCCACCACCCACCUCUGCCACCACCCCCCUCACCGCCCCUGAACGCCACCAAAUCGAUGCCUCCACCUCCACCCUCCUCCGCAACCUCGCCUCCAGCAUCACCGCGCUCUCCACCGCCGUGACCACGCACCUCGACUCCUCCGUCACAUCGACGCAAAAGAACGCGGUGGCGCGCACGCUGGAGCGGUGGGCGGCGGGGGGCGCGCGGAGCGAGGAGGAGGUGGCGGAGGAGACGCAGGGGCGGCAGAGAAGGGAGUUUUGGGAGGGGGUGGCGGCGGAUUUGAGGGGGCGGUUGAGGAGGGUGGGGGAGGUGCAGGGCGGGAUGGUGGAGGUAUGGGUGGAGAGGGAGAGGGAGAGGGCGAGGAGUUUAUGGGGAAAGGGAGGGGCAGGAGGGAGAGUUGGGGGAGGGAUUGGUGGGAGGGUGGGAGGGAAGGGGAUGGGGAAGGAGGAGAUGGAGUUUUUUAGGGGGGUGGGGGGAGCGGCGAGUGCGGAGGAGGUGGAGGAGGGGGAGAGCCAGAGGAGGGAAUUGGAGGGCCAGAUGAGUCAGGAGGAGCUGCAGAUGUUGCAGGAGGAGGAGGAUCUGAUCUUAAAGCAGGCAGAGCGGGAUAUGGAGCAGAUCAGGCAAACUCAGCAGUCGAUGGUCACCAUCGCGGAGCUGAACACGCAGUUGGCCACGGAGAUUUCGGUGCAGGCGGACCACAUCUCGCAAUUACAGGAAGAUGCGAUGGACACGGCCGUGAACGUAGAUAGGGGCACCAAGGAGCUGAAGCGGGCUUCCGAGCGGAAGAGCACGGCGCAGAUGGUGUUCUGGGCCACGGGGGCAUUCUGUUCGACCAUGAUAGUAUGGGAUCUGAUCACGUAGCGUUUACGAGGGAUGCGUCAGAUGAAAGGAAUACACAUUGCAUACUAACUAGCGUUGAUGUAUCGUGUUGAGAGUCUAUGGUAUGAGUGGGAACAGUCUAAACAAACAGCAAAAGUCGAAGCGCCUGGAUUACCCAUUUUAGAUGGGUUAUAUACCACAUCCUACCACAUCCACUGUCCAACCCAAUACUCUCUCCCGUCUGUCUUAAUCUCCCUAGGCCGACCUC